UACCAUUUACCAUGAACGUCAUACAAAAAUAGUAUCAAGUCAAGAUGAAAGUUAUUUUUAAUAUUUCUUUUUAAAAACUGUAUUAAAUGAAUUGUUCCUCUAUUUACAAUGAAUAAUAUAACCACGCACGAAGAAAUUAACUUCCUAAAGGAUCCCUCCAAAUUGUGAAUAUCGUUACAAACAGAGUUUACAUAAAUUAUGAUUUUAUUAAAGCAAACAGUAAAAUAUUCUCGAAUAGGAAGCAAGGUAAUUUCGAGGACUACGGAGAGGUGGGGCACUGUGAGUGAAAAUGGUGCACCUCGAGAUGACAGGAGUGCAGCCGGGCUCUCACUCCCUCACUAUCAAUGAUCUGCCAAAUGAAUUACUUAUCUACAUCUUUUCUAUGAUUGAUUUUGAAUCGGUCCUGGCCGUGGCUCAGGUAUGCGUGAGAUGGCAGCAGCUCUGCCUGACGCCUUGCAUUUGGGAGAACACACGCCUCAUUGUAUGCAUGAAGAAUUAUGUGAGAGUAAGUGACAGCGUUGUGCCCUUUGUGGCUAAAUAUUUAAAGAAAGUAAAACUACAGUAUUUCAAGUUGUAUUCUCAAGUCAGAGCUUCUCUAAUAAGCUACUGUCCUAAUCUAACCCAUCUAGAAAUAAGUAUAUCCCUGGUUGAUAGUUGUAUCUUUGACGACUUGGGCCACUGGCCCAACUUGAAAUUCCUGAGCUUUCGCAACUCAUUGAUAGCACAAACUGCUGAAAACGCUAAUGGAAAUUUUGUGUAUCACUUACCAUUUGAGAAGCUGAAGUAUUUGGAAACUCUGAUUUUGUCCAACUUUGCAUUGACUCACAGCAGUUUGUACAGCAUGCUACAAUGUGUUAAUCUAGUGAGUAUCAAUAUGGAAAAAAUGAAGAAUAUACCCGCCGACUUCCUGGAGUCCCUCCUUCUAACAAAGCAGACAACUUUAAGAGCCUUGCACAUUUAUGGGGACAUACUAAAUGAUGAUAUUAUAUCUUUAAUAUCCAAAUGUAAGGCCCUGCAAGUUUUACACAUUAUGACAUGCAAAACUCUCUUUGACUCUAGUCUGUUGCAUUUAUACAGGCUAAAAAGUUUGAGAUCGUUGAAAUUACGCCACGGUUAUUUCUCAACGAAUGCCUUAUUGGCAUACUUCUCAAAGAACUUAUUCCAACAUCUAACAUACCUCAGUCUCUCUAGAUGUCUCCAUGUCACCAUGCAAGUAGCUAAGGUCAUCAAAACUAGUGCCCCUAAUUUGAAAGAGCUGUCCUUCUAUUUAUGCCCAUUUAUAGUAGCCGGAGAUUUCAAGAGGGCAGAAUUGGAAAGAAUGUAUAAUAAAAUAGAGUUACUACUUGAUUGAAAUGGUUGUAAAUUAUGCCUAUUCCACACUGAAUCAUUUGACAAGCCCUGCAAUCAAAUUGCAUGUAAUUUGUGUGUGAGUGAAUUAGUUGGUAGAUUUAUUGCCAACUGCUCUCCACAUGAGAUGAUUUGAUUGGCAACUUGAGUAAAUUGCCAAAUGAAUUGUACCAUGUUGAAUAGGUUUUAUAUAUUAUUAUAAAAGCAGCUUAGGUAUCCGUCCACACUGAAACAAUACAAUAAAAUAAUUAAAUUGUUACUUUUACUGAAUUUUAUAAAAGUUAUAAUUUUAUACAUUUUAGACGCAACUUACAUUGAUACAUAAUAAUCGAUUGAGUAUAAUGGAAAGUGAACCACAAUACAUAAAAUUAUUAUAUGUACUAUGUUUUUAAAUUGUGUAUUGAGGAAAGUAAAGAAAACACAUGACCAGAUAGCAUGGGUUCUAGGAUGUGCAAUAUUUUUGCAUAAUAAUUAUAUUUUAUACUAGUGGUAAUCUAAGAUACUAGAUAAACUAUGUUAUAGUUUACAUUUACAGUAAGUGCAUGCUUGUGGUAUAAAAAUUUAUAUAAAUGAAAAUAUUAAACAAUGUUCCCAUUCUACAUUAAGAAAAAAGUAUGUCCUUCUCAAAUUAUAAAAAAUGAAAUAAAAGUAAAUAUAAAAUAUUUCAAUAAUUUGAAAAGGGCAUGGUGCCCAAAGCUGUCCCAUAAGAAAAUUGGGGAAGCACCUUCACUAAAGCAUUGGUUGUUAAAACAGUGUGAUUUAGACACUUUAGUAUUCUAAAUACUUAUAGUAUUAUAUAGUACUACUUCUAAAAUUAUGUAUAUCUGUGAAUAAUAAUAAUAAUUAAUUAUUUAUCUCACAGUAAAAAAAGCUGACAUGUAUAAUUCUAGUAUUUAACAUUAAUUUGAUAGAAUUUGUAUUAGAUAUAUUUUCUUUUACAGUAUGCAUUUUGAAAUUGGCACACUACACUGUUAGGCUAGACACACAUCAGUGGUUAAAUGACAGUCUGGUCAAAUAGCCGCCUUGAUGCAUCAUACGGCAAUUUUACAUGUUUCUUUUGACACCAAACUCAAACACAUUCGUCUAAAUGGGAAAGUGUGUUUAUCUGUUACUUACCUUUUCACCUGAAACGGUUUUGACGAAAAUUGGCAUAGAAAUGUCUUGGGUAAUGAGCUGAAUAUAUGGACACAGUGCUAUUUAUACAUUUUUAUAUUUUAUACUAGAAUUAUACUAAUAUUUUGGCUUUAAUAUUGUUACUGUGAUGUUUUGUAGUCAAUUAUAACUCAUGUGCCUUAAAAAGGAUAAAAUAUUAUUUAUUGGCUUCUAGAAUCUAGAUACCUACCUAAGUAUAUAAAAAGUUGAUACAUUGGCGCUGAUUCUGUUGUCUUUCUCUAAACUAAAUUUAGAGUGGGCAUCUGCAUCUUUUUCUUUUUGAUAUUGCUAAAAAAGGACGGAACAUGAAUUUUACAAAAGGAUUCUGCGUGCGCUACGCUACAAAUUUAAAAAAUAUGUUCGCGACUGGCCGCUAAACUCAUGGGUUCGACAGCUCAAAUUAAAUUUAAAACUGUCAAACUGUUUCUGUCCUUUUCACAUAAUAUUAGUAAGAAAAGGAUGCAAAUACUCUAAAAUUUAGUUGUGCUCAGAAUCAGUACCAUUAUGUUGGAUAAAAUUAAGUUUUAGAUGAUUAGAUACCUACCGAAUAAGAUGAAUAUUUUGGUAUAAGAUUAAUAAAAGUCCUGAAGUAUUGAGCUCAUCGCACACUGCUGCAGACUGCUCCAUAAUUUUGCAUCACUUUAGUUAUAGAAAAUGUAAUAGGCAAAUUUGCUAUGCGGUGCGGCUUGUACCAAUGUGUGUGAGUCUUAACUUUUAAAAAUAUUAUUGUAUAGUGAAAAAUCAUUGAAUCGAAAAUGUUCAUGCUCAUUUUAGGACAAACUUGUAUUAAAAAUUGUUAAUGUAAACCCACUCGAAUUAUUACGCUCAGUAUGAUAAAUAUAAUUGCUUAGUGUUAUUUAUGCUAAUUUUAUUUAGUCUAAGACCUGGUGAAAGAUUUUGAGGAGGUACUUUAUAAAGUCGAGUUAUGCUAUAUAAGUAUAUAACCAAGCAUUUAACGUGGUUAAUUCUAUUGGACACAAUCUGUAAACUGACAGAUCUAAAUAUAAUGCGAUAUAUAAUCUUUUUCCGAGGGGAACAUUCUGAAAGUGUUACAAUUUGUAACACUUUCAGAAUGCUUACAAUACAUAUAAUUCUGUAAUUUUAGCUAAUUAGCCACAUUUUAAAUUGAUAUAGAGAUGAAGGUACUAUCAUAAUUAUGAAACUUCUUGGUUUUAGUAUCUAUAGUAAUUGGCAAAUACGAGCAUCACUAAAAUAAGGCUGAGGUUUGACUGCCUAACUUAGCCCAGUGGUGAAUGUUGAUAUUGUAACUGGGAGGUUCCAGGUUCGAUUCACUGCAGGGACAAUUUGGAAAUUUAUAAUUUCUUAAUUUGGUCUGGUCUGGUCUUGUGAGACAUGCCUGUAGCAAUACUGCCAACUGCCAAGUGGUAGGUAGAUUUAAAAUUAAAAUCCAUAACAUCAUGAAUAUAAUUAAGACUGGCUGGCAAGUGUUCCCGAAUUAAAUUUUGGUGAGGGAAGUAGAUACAGUAUAAAUAUAGCUUUUAACAAGUACCUCUCAAUAUUUCCCACCAGCUCUUCGAAUAUAUGAUGGCGGCCAAACAUUGGUCCCGGAAAACUUAAGGUACCUACUUUGUAUUCUAUUCGUUGUAUGAGUUGACCUCAGAAUUUUAAUUUAUUUGUAUUCUCGAAAAUUAAUAGUAUUUUGGAAUAGUUUGUAAUUCUAAAGGCGGAAUCAUACUCAUAACACGCGACGCUUUCCGACAGCAACUUAUUUGAAAGCUCGAGUUCAUCCAUAUAUCUACCCGCUAGCACCUCCAGAGGAAGCUUUGUGCAAUUAAAAUGAGCAGUGCUGAAUAUGCGGCUUUAAAUAAAGGGUUAUUAGGUCCAUUUUACUCUGACUUUAUUACGUUUAGAUACUCGAAUUCUAUCAACAUUGCCGAGAUGUCAAAUCCCAUACUAAGCAUACAGGUUGGAUUUAAACUCGCGUCGCGUUGUGAGUGUGCUCCUGUCUUAUCGUAAAACGUAAUGUAAGAUUAAUUUCACUUGACAAGUUGUAAACUAAAAAUUUAGUGUCUACUUAUAAAGGUGUGUGUAUAAAACAAGUAUUUUAUAGUUCUAUUGUUUGUGCUAUUAUUUUACCAUACACACAUUAAAUUGUAAUUAUUUGGAUUAU